UACUAGCUGCAAGCUAUUGGUUGAGUUCCGGCGGUAAAAAGACCCAACUAUCCAAUACCUAUACUGAUUUGAAUACGGAGACAAGUUUUUAUAAAAAUAAGUUUAAAAAAUAAUAUCUCGGCUUUUAUCUUACGGGUCAAUCAUAAGAUCAUAGGGUGCCGUUGAGAGAAAAAUCGUAUAAAUACUCAGCAGCGUUAGGUUCGAGUCACACUCAGUUCACUCCUGAACAAAUAUCUCCUACCAUUACAAUCCUAAACAUGAUUGGAAAGCUCACCGUAUUGUUUGCCACCUUGGCCUGCUGCUCGGCCAUUGAUUAUUUCAGACCGGAGCCAUAUGCUUUCGGAUAUGAUAUCAAGGAUCCAUUGAGCGGUCUUAAAUAUCGUCACGAGAAGAGCGAUGGCAAAGGACACGUUAAGGGAAGUUACGGAUACACCGAUCCAUUUGGAAUCUUCAGAGUUGUCGACUACGUUGCCGAUCAUUUCGGAUACAGGGCCAAGAUCCGUACCAACGAACCAGGCACCGCCAACCAAAACCCAGCUUUCGUAGAUAUCUAUUCUAAGGGAGGUAACUUCGUACCACUUCUGUCCAUCGGAGGAAAGGGAGGUUACGGAGUUCACCACGGACCCGGCCCAUUGCUCCACCGUGGCGUCCUCACCGGAGCCAAGAGUGGUCUUCACUCCGCACUCCACGCUAAGGCCGUCCACGCUCCACACCACUUCGGAGCCAUCGGUUUACCCACAGCUGUUCACGCUUCCAAAAUAGCAGCUCCAGCAGCAGCAGGUGCAGCAGCAGGUGCAGCCGCCGGUGGUGCAGCAGGAGCUAAAGCAGCUGCCGCUCAGAAGGCUCUCUCCGGUUUUGCUGGCACUCCCCUUGCGGCUCUACUGGGUCAAGGAGGAAAGAUCGGACAAAUCGGACAAGUCGGACAAAUUGCGCCCAUUGCUCCAAUUGCGCCCAUCUCUCCCGUCCAUUUCGGUUAAGUAGAAUAACCACGUAAAGACUGUAUCUAUAAUUUCACUGUAAUGUGUCCGUGACAUAUGUGAUGUGUUCGUCAUUUGUUAUAUUGUUUGCGUGAUCCCCGUUAUAAAAAGACAGCAGUGUUGUCACACAACAUUGAUUCUGUCUCAAAUUGUACGAUAGAUAUGUGUUGAAACUAUUUUGUUCGGUUCUUGU